AUGCCCCAAGUGGCGCCUCAUGGCACGCCACGCCGUCUUGGCGGCCCUCUGAGUGACGAGACGGUCCGUGUUUUUAAUAUCCUCGCGACAGCGCCGCUCCGUCAGAAGCUCCAACGGCUCGAAUCUGACGCCCCCUCGCAGGCGACGAGCCUCGACACCGAUGACGAGACAAAGCGCCAAGAGGAGGUCGACCGCCUUCGAGGCGAGCUUGUCGCGAUGGCUGUGACCCCCUCUGCGUCGAUUUCGACAACAGGGCUUGCAAUCGUGUGCAAAGAGCUGCAGCUGGCCUUGACCAAAGCAGAACUCGAGCGCGUGAUCUGGGAGGUCGACGAAGACAUGGACGGACGCAUCUCGUUUGCCGAGUUUACUGCCAUGCUCGAUCGCUACAGUCGGGACAAGCACGGGCCUGAACCGUGCCAAAUGAUUCCGCUGGUCGAGUUUCUCGCUUGCGAUUCAAGCGCAACGACCCACCGCGUCUCGCUCGACGAGCUCUGCACGCGCCGUCUUCGGCAAAGUGCAAAUAUGGACGUGGAGAAGCGACUCAAGUCGAUGGACCACCAUGGCGACAAUUCGAUCUCGCUCCAGACAUACUGGGAUGCCAUGAACGCAGACGUGCCCAAGCUCGCAUAG